AUGCACGCCCUUAGUGUCAUUCUUCCCUUCACGGCCCUUUUGGCAGGCCAUGCCUCAGCGGCGGCCUUUGACAACAUGGGCCCGGCUGCCUUUCUGUCACCACCAGACCGUCCUUGGUCUCCCGACGCAGACAACACUGCGCCAUGUGGCUCUGACUCUGGCCCUGUCAAUCGAACCCAGUUUCCUAUGAGAAACGGCAAAGUCGCCUUUGUUGCGCAGGACGAGUCCUACGACAUUGAACUCCGCAUCUCGUACAAGUCGGACCCCAAGUCCGAUGACGACUUUACCCAGUUGAUCAGUGCUGCCGCCUUCCGGGAGAUGGACAUGGGCCACACCUGCGUCAACGUUGCCGACGCCCCAGCUGCUGUCCAGCCUGGUAGCAACGCAACCUUCCAGAUCAAGUACAUUGCGGACUUUGACAAACCUCAGAACCAGACCUUCUACGCAUGCGCUGAUAUCACCUAUGUGAGCGCCAUUGCCAACCUGGGAUCCAGCGCGAACCUCUGCUUCAAUGCCACCGAACCAAGCACGGGUAAGAACAAGCCUACAAACACACCUGUCCCUGGAAACAACUCGGGCCAGUCUAGUGGCGGUGGCGGUCUAUCUGGAGGAGCUAUUGCUGGCAUCGUCAUUGGAUCCUUGGCUGGCGUUGCAUUCGUCGGUGCCGGAGCAUUCAUGGUCUACCGCCGAAAGCAGCGCCGUCUCAAUGCUGCACGACAGGCGCAUACGGCCAGAGGUGUUAAGUGGGACAAUCACUCUGCUAGAGACUCUGCAUCACAGGGUAGCGUCCGUCUGAACGACCUCUCCCGCAACUAA